AUGUUUUUUGCACAUCUUUUUUUAUUAUUGUACAAAAAUUUACUUGUACUAUGGCGAUCAAAAUUAUGGUUUAUUCUGGAAUUUAUAUUUCCAAUUAUAAUAGUUUUAGUUGAACAUUAUAUAAUACCAGAAAAUGGAAAUGUUAUAAUAAAACCUCAUAUAUUUCAUAAUGUUCCUGUACUUGGAAAUGAAAAUGAUGCUAAUCUUAAAGUUAGAAUGUUACCAAGAAUAUGGCCAAAUUGUUUUGAAAGAAGAAAGGCUAUUGUUAUGUAUACAUUAGAUGAAUCCAUUUUACAAAAUAAUUCACAAUUAUUAUUAGAAGAAUUUGGAAAAAGAUAUUCUAAUAAAAUUUCUUUAUUAAAAAUGGAUAGUGAAAAGGAAAUUUUAGAUGUUUAUAAAAAUAAAUAUAAGAAUGAUUCUUAUCAUUGUAAUCCAUAUAUUGUAUCACUGCAUUUUCAAAAUAUUAGUGAAAAACAUGGUUUACAGUAUAAAUUUAUUCAACCAGGUGUAUCUAAUACUUAUUGGAUGGAAAAAACACAAUGGAUUGAGGGUGAUGUUUUUGGGAGGUCUGCAGAUUAUUUUACUCUUCCAAAACAACCUCCAUAUUGGUCAUCUGGAAUAAUUACUUUUCAAGUAGCUUUAAACGAAAUAUUUUUGAAUAAUUUUAUGAAAAAUAUAAAUAUACCUUCUUUGUCAUUACGAAGAAUGCCGUUACCGGAGUUUCAUGAUAAUAUAGUAUUUUCAUUUAUUAGUAAAAUUCCAUUAUUAUGGUUAUUUGUCUUCUCUUUUACUGUUAUACAUUCAGCAAGAGAUGUUGUUGCAGAACGUGAAUCAAAAGUGAAAGCUUACCUUUAUGCAAAUGGUGUAAAAGCAAUACCCUGGUUUUUAUCACACUUUAUCAUAACACUUUCAAAAAUGUAUAUUAAUAUUGCUAUUAUGAGUAUUCCACUUACAGUAGUUUUGAAACCAUCAACUUCAAUAAUAUUUUAUAUUAUUGUUUUUUCAUUUGGAUUUUCAUUAUGCUGUUUCUCGUUAUUUAUUACAUCUUUUUGUAAAAAAUCUUCUACCGUAACAUCUGUAACUAUAUUUACUCUUAUAAUUAUGAAAUUUUUAUCCAAUAUAUAUGAACCAAAUCGUUUUCAAAAAACUUUAUGUUUCCUUUCCUCAAUAAAUAUAAUAUCAGCAUUCAACUUUGCUAUCAAUACAUUUUGUCAAAUUGAAAAUUCAUCAAAACCAUUAACAGCAUGGAGUUUAUUUCAAAUGGAUCAAAAAAGUUUUACUUUGGGUGAUGCUAUUUUUAUGUUAUUAUUAGAUGGUUGGAUUAUGUUAUUUUUAACAUUCAUUCUUGAUGCUUUAUUUCCAAAAGAUGAUUCAAUGCCAAUGUCAUUUAAACAAUUUCUUUCAACAUAUUUACCAAUCAAAUUUAACUUUAAAAAUGAAUAUGAUCGUAUAUCACUUUCAACAAGUGAAAGUGAAUCAGAAACUAUUAGAGAGUCAGAACUUAUAUGGAAUGAAAAUGCUAUUUUAGAGGUUAAAAAGUUAGUUAAAUCAUGGAAUAAAUCUUCUGGAAAUGCAGUUGAUGGAGUUUCUUUUUCAGUUAAAAAAGGUAAUACAACUGUCCUCCUGGGUCAUAAUGGUGCUGGAAAAAGUACAACAUUUUCCAUGUUAACUGGAAUUACAGCUCCAACAUAUGGUGAAAUUAAAUUAUUUGGUAAACAUUUAUAUGAAAAUUUAGAUGAAUUUCGUAAAAAUAUUGGUUAUUGUCCUCAGGAUAAUCCUAUAUUUAAUAACUUAACUGUAGGAGAACAAUUAAAAUUUAUUGUUCUUUUAAAAAAAGGUAUUUUUGGAAAGAUAUCAGGAAAACUUUCAAGAGCAAAUAAAAAUUAUUGUGAUGUUGUUAGUUAUUUGGAGAGAUUAAAACUUAUUGAUAAAGUUGAUGAGUAUUGUAGUAAUUUAUCUGGAGGAAUGAAAAGAAAGUUGUCUGUUUGUAUGGCUUUAUGUGGUGGAAGUGAAAUGGUAUUUUUGGAUGAACCUACUUCUGGUAUGGAUGUUGAGGCAAGACAAGAUGUAGCAAUACUUUUAAAUGAAGAAAAAAAAUCAAGAGCUAUUUUAUUGACAACUCAUUAUAUGGAUGAGGCAGAUUCUAUGGGUGAUAGAAUUAUUAUAAUGGGAAAGGGGCGUGUUUUAUGUGAUGGUACAAGUGAUUUUUUGAAAAAGAAAUUUGGUACUGGAUACCAAUUAACAUUUACUUUGGAAAAUAAUUCUGUUUUUAUAAAAGAAAAUAUAUUAGAAUUUGUCAAAAGAGUUAUACCUAAUGCUGUAGUAAAUACUAAGGAUACAUCCGGUCAAUUUUCAAUAAUAUUACCCAUUAAUGACAAACAUAUGUUUUCUCAAUUAUUUAAAAAUCUUGAAAAAAAUGAGAAAAAUCUUCAAAUAAAAUCAUUUGGUUUAAGUUUAAACACUCUUGAACAAGUUUUCUUAAAAGUUGGUGAAUUAGCUGAUGGUGGAGAGGAUGAAACGGAUUCUGCAUUUAAAUAUGCAAAACUUAUUUCCACUGAAAAUGAUGAUGAUAGAGUUUCUGGAAUUAAAUUAAUUUACAAUCAAAUGAUUGCACUUUUUAGGAAACAAAUAUAUUACUACAAGAGAAAUUUAUUUUCAUUUUUAAUGAAACAAUUACCAUUCAUAUUAUUUUUUAUCGGAACUGAAAUGUCUCUUGUUUUUAUUAAAGAUUUUUAUUUUUUUGAAAAAACUAUCAAAUCAGAUGUUAGUUUAUUAGGACCAAUAAAAAUUCCUUUACAAGAUGUUCCAUUUAUGAAUAGUUCAAUUAUGGAAAGUUAUUAUAACUAUUUAGAACCAUACAAAACAUUUCAAAUAAAAAAGUUACCCUCAUCUGAAAAUAUUACAAGUUAUAUUAUAAAAGAAUCAUUGAUAGAACCACCUUUUGGAAUAGGUGCAAAAAUGAAUAGUUUAAGAAAUUCAAUGUUACUUUUAUUUAAUGGAAAUGCUUAUCAUUCUAUUUUUUAUGUAGUUAAUGUAUUUUUUAAUGUUAUAGCUAAUAUUAAAAAAGAUUUCAUCAAGACAAGUCUUGUAAUUUUUGAUGUUGAAAGAAGUAAUAUUAGUACAGAUGAUACAUUUGAUCAGGGUUACAGAACAAUGGUACUUAUUGGAUUUUUAUUUUCCACUCAUAAUAAUGCUUUAUGUUCAUAUAUUGAAAUUUUGGUUGAUGAACGUAUUUCUAGAUUUAAACAUCAACAACUUUUAACAAAGUUAAAUGUUAUUACAUAUUGGAUAUCAUUUCUAAUUUUCAAUUUUAUUACUUAUUCUUUGGUUAUGUUAUUUUAUAUUGGUUCAGCAAUUGUACUAUCUUUAUUUAGUCAACGUAUUGGAUAUUUGUUAAAUCUUUGUACAUUAUAUUAUUUUGCUGUUAUUCCUUUUAUUUAUUGGAUGUCAUUUUUAUUCAAUAAACCAUCAAAGGCAAAUUCAAUAAUGAAUGCAUGUAGUAUAUUAAUACCAAUAGCUAUGACUAUAAUUAUUAAUUUAAUUGGUUUUGUAAAAGGUACACAUAUUAGUGAAAAUAUGGAUAAUUUAUUAAAAAUACUAGUACCUGGAUAUAAUCUUUUGGAUUCAUUAUUAAAAUUAAAAACAUUUGAAAAUAGUAGUGAUAUACAUGAAAUUGAAACUUAUUUAAAAAAAAGUUAUAUGUUACUUAUUGCUUCAGCCUGCCUUAAUUUAAUUUUAUUAACCAUAAUACAAUCAAAAAUAAUUAGAAAUUUUGUUUAUAAUUUAUGGAAUUCAAUUUAUUUAAGAAAUGUUAAAAAUAAUUAUGAUGAAAAUAUAAGAGAUGAUGAUGUUAUUGGAGAAAUUGAUUGGGUUAAUAGUGCUGAAAGUAUUGGAUUACCAUUAAUUGCUAAUAAUUUAACAAAAUAUUAUGGAAAAUUUAAAGCUGUAGAUGAUUUGUCAUUUGGUGUUAAUGAAAAAGAUUGUUUUGGUUUACUUGGAAUAAAUGGAGCAGGAAAAACAACUACUUUUGAUAUGUUGACUGGAACAACUUUUCCUACUUCAGGAGAGGCUUAUAUUAAAAAUAUUUCUAUAAAUAACUCACCAGUUAUAGGAUAUUGUCCUCAAUUUGAUGCAUUAUUAUCAGACUUAUCACCAUAUGAAUCAAUGAGUGUUUUAUCUCAAUUAAAUGGAUUCAUUGACUAUAAAAGUAGAUCUACUUAUGCACUUGAAAGUGUUGAUAUGUUAAGUCAUUCAAAUAAAAAAUUUAAAAAAUUAAGUGGUGGACAAAAAAGAAAAAUUUCUUUAUCAAUUGCUAUUAUGGCAAAUACAGGAAUGAUGUUUUUGGAUGAACCUACAUCUGGUAUUGAUCCAAAAGCAAGAAGAGCUAUUUGGAAUUUAUUAACAGAGGUUCGUAAACAAAAACAAGCCAUAUUAUUAACAUCUCAUUCAAUGGAAGAAUGUGAGACAUUAUGUACCAAGAUUGGCUUUAUGAAUAAGGGAAAACUUUCUCAUAUUGGUACAAGUCAACAUCUUAAAUCUAAAUUUGGUUCAGAUUAUAUACUUGAAAUUAUUUUUGAAAAUCCAUCACUUCAAAUGUUAGAUGAUAUUAAUGAUGUUAUAGUUUCAAGAUUUGAUUGUUCAUCAGCAGACAUUAAAACACUAAGAAACACUUUAAGGUGGAAUAUUCCUAAGAUUAAUCUUACAUGGAGUGUUUUAUAUGAAUUUGUUGAAAAUUUACAUUCAAAAUAUUCUUAUAACUCUUCACUUGAAACAAUGCAAUCAACAACAACUUCAAAUGAUAAUUUAAAAAUACCAUCAAUUAAAGAUUAUUCAAUUACACAGAAUUCAUUAGAACAAGUUUUUCUACGCCUAUCUGCAAUGCAUGAGAAAAGUCAUCGAGAGGAUUAA